AUGAAGUUUUCUUUAAAUUUGCAGGAGUUCCUCUAUGGCGUGCAGGGCACCUGCGCCGCCGACCUGUACCGGCACCCGCAGCUGGACGCCGACAUCGAGGCCGUCAAGGAGCUCUACGGCGAGGGCGCCGUGUCCGUGAGGGAGUAUGGCACCAUCGACGACGUGGACAUCGACCUGCACGUCAACAUCAGCUUCCUCGAUGAGGAGGUGGCCACGGCCUGGAAGGUGCUGCGCGCCGAGCCCAUCGUGCUGCGCCUGCGCUUCUCGCUCUCGCAGUACCUCGAUGGCCCCGAGCCGUCCAUYGAGGUCUUCCAGCCGUCCAACAAGGAGGGCUUCGGCCUGGGGCUGCAACUCAAGAAGAUCCUGGGCAUGUUCACAUCGCAGCAAUGGAAGCACCUGAGCAACGACUUCCUGAAAAGCCAGCAGGAGAAGCGGCACAGCUGGUUCAAGACGAGCGGCACCAUCAAGAAGUUCCGCGCCGGCCUCAGCAUCUUCUCCCCCAUCCCCAAGUCGCCCAGCUUCCCGGUCCUGCAGGACUCGGUGCUCAAGGGCAAGCUGGGCAUGCCCGAGGUGCGCGGCAACCGCCUCAUGAACCGCUCCGUCUCCUGCACGGUGAAGAACCCCAAGGUGGAGGUUUUYGGCUACCCGCCCAGCAGCCAGGCAGGUGUCGCCCCCUUCAACAUCCUGGUUGGCGGCCACUGCAAGAACGUCCCCACGCUGGAGUACGGCUUCCUCGUGCAGAUCAUGAAGUACGCGGAGCAGCGGAUCCCGACGCUCAACGAGUACUGCGUGGUGUGCGACGAGCAGCACGUCUUCCAGAACGGCUCCAUGCUCAAGCCGGCUGUGUGCACCCGCGAGCUCUGCGUCUUCUCCUUCUACACGCUCGGCGUGAUGUCCGGCGCCGCCGAGGAGGUGGCCACGGGCGCUGAGGUGGUGGACCUGCUCGUGGCCAUGUGCCGCGCGGCCCUGGAGUCCCCCCGCAAGAGCAUCAUCUUCGAGCCUUACCCCUCCGUGGUGGACCCCAACGACCCCAAAACACUUGCCUUCAACCCCAAGAAGAAGAACUACGAGCGGCUGCAGAAGGCCCUGGACAGCGUGAUGUCCAUCCGGGAAAUGACGCAGGGAUCCUAUCUGGAGAUCAAGAAGCAGAUGGACAAGCUGGACCCCCUGGCACAUCCCCUCCUGCAGUGGAUAAUCUCCAGCAACAGAUCCCACAUUGUCAAGCUGCCUCUCAGCAGGCAGCUGAAGUUCAUGCACACCUCACACCAGUUCCUCCUGCUGAGCAGCCCCCCGGCCAAGGAGGCCCGUUUCCGCACCGCCAAGAAGCUCUACGGCAGCACCUUCGCUUUCCACGGCUCUCACAUUGAGAACUGGCACUCCAUCCUCCGCAACGGGCUGGUGAACGCGUCCUACACCAAGCUGCAGCUGCAUGGAGCAGCCUAUGGCAAGGGCAUCUAUCUGAGCCCCAUCUCCAGUAUUUCCUUUGGAUACUCAGGGAUGGGCAAGGGACAGCACCGGAUGCCUUCGAAGGACGAGCUGGUGCAGAGGUACAACCGGAUGAACACCAUUCCCCAGACCCGCUCCAUCCAGUCCCGGUUCCUGCAGAGCCGCAACCUGAACUGCAUCGCGCUCUGCGAAGUCAUCACGUCCAAGGACCUGCAGAAACACGGCAACAUCUGGGUCUGCCCCGUCUCGGACCACGUCUGCACCCGCUUCUUCUUUGUGUACGAGGAUGGCCAGGUGGGAGAUGCCAACAUCAAUACUCAGGACCCCAAAAUCCAGAAGGAGAUCAUGCGUGUGAUCGGGACUCAGGUGUACACAAACUGAGCGGCCCUGGGCCCGGCAGCAGCCGCGGAACAGCCUCCGC